GGCGGGUGAUUUGAUGUUUGAUGUAAACACACAAAAAAUCCUCAAAAAAGAUAAUCAUAUUGGAUGAACAUCUUCAUUGCCAGACGUUUGGGGCAUGACUGAGCGUUGGGAUUCCCUUCGUUCGAAAUUCCAGGGGAAAAAUAUUGACUUGGAUGCAGAAUUUGAAAAAUUCUUGAACGAGUCUUUAUCCGAUGAGUCUCUUGCAUCCCCAAGACACAAAGCUCCUUCGUUGAAGACCAAGUUAUCCAAAGACAGUGAUGUCGGGAGUUUACCAUGGUGGGCAGAGGAAGAUGAAGAUGAGGACAAGAAAAGAGAAAGUCUAAGGCAAAGUUGGCUCAAACCUAAACCCAAGGAGAAUGUCGAUGAUGAAGGACUACAAGAAGGAGAUAGUGCUGAGAUGCAGAAAACAGAAGCAACACAGCCCACCCCUGUGGGGAUAUCACAGGACACUAACCAUGGUGAUAGCUCACCUGUAUCAAUCAGUAAAGACAGUCUGGAGGAAGUUGCAAGAAAAAGUCUGCAAAAGGAAAAGUUUAUUCCUGAGAAGGAAGAUGAUAUCCCAGAAAGACCACUGAGUGAAGAAGAAACAGGAACUUAUGAAAACAGUGAUGAUGUAGAAACAGGCAACAGUUCAGUGUCCCCCAGUCAUGAUAUGAUGCCCUCUGAGGCUCCUCCCCCUGGGCCUGACACACUUCAAGAAGAGGAAGACAAGUUGAAGUUCUUCCAAGAACAAAUGAGGGAUGGCUCACAGUUUGAUUAUAAAGAGGAGCUGGAAGGGUUGAGCACGACUGAUAGUCCUGAAAAAGAAAGAGAUGACAAGUUACAAGCAACGGGUGUGGAGUUGGGGGACUCCAUAUUCAAUGCAACAGAUCACCAUUCCGAAGAAGCCGAUGUUGACAAAAGUGAAGACCAACAAGAUGGUGCUGAUGACGAGGAUGAUUAUAGUGAUCAGUUUGAAGAAAGCCAUGAUCAAGAAGAACACGAUGGAAAAGAAGAGCCAAACAAACAAGCUCAACCUGCUUUGGAUCAAUUAGGACUAAAUAAACCAAGCUUAUUAUCAAAAGUGUCUUUAAUGGAUUCAUUAGAUUCAACAUUAGACAGAAAUAAGCAGCAACCUAAAAUGCAACUGGAGAAACCAAAAGCUUUUGAAGGUACAUCUGCUAGUGGGUCAGGACUAAAGACUACAGGUACAGGUAACCUGUACAGUGGUACAACAGACACAAUAGCUGAACUACAAGCAGCACUACAACAAGUGCAGAUGAAUGCCACUGAUAGAAGCCAACAAGAUAGAGGUCUUCAGCCUCUAGAAUCACAGCACGAGGACCAACUCCUUCUACAAAAAUCAUCAACAGGAGAAACAAAAUCCCGAGGCUUCAGCUUAAGACCGUCAGUCAUCACCGACAGCAGUCCGGCAGAAAACGAGUUGAAGAAAAGACAGCUGCUAACGAACAUUGGAAGCGCUGGUAACACUCUCACCUCCGAUAGUAUCGACUCUGCCUCGCUACCCGUGGACUGCAGGGGAUUUAGUUUAAAACCAUCUGAACCUCUCCCUAGUGGACCAGAGCCGGGACUCGCGGUAGAUUCCCGAGGGAUUCCCUUAGAUUCUCGUGUCGUCCCGUUAGACUCACGCGAAUCUAGGGACAGUUUUACCGAAGAGAAAAGAGGUUUAGACUUACAGCCUGUGGCGAAUAUCCUUGCGAUGAUAGACAAAACAGAAGGGAAAAAAGGAAAAAUCGGUGAUGAUGAUACCGAGGAUGAAGACACACCCCCUUUAGAUAGUCUUCGCAGCAUCAAGGCCAAAGCAAAAGCUCGCAAGAGUGUAGACACUAAGAAGCGCGAGCCAACCAAGAAGACGACUAAUAAAAAGGGCGUGAAGAGUGCUUACUCUCCCGUGCGAGUGCGUGGCAGCAAGGGAAGUCUUCCAGAGACAUCCACUGGAGUACCUCAGAAGAAAGGUAAGAGAAAGGAAAAAGGAAAUCAGUCUGUUGGGAAGAGUAAUUUAGACCAGUGGCAGCCAUCGAUGUCUUCUCCACCUUCUUGGUCACCAACUCCAAGCAUGAGAAAAAGCAAACUACAUAUGGAAAGUAAGAUUCCAAGUCCAAAGAUAAAAACAAAGAGCAACCGCCCAGACCAAGACGUCCCCGAAUCAUCAGCUCAUCACAUCGCUGAGUCCGUUGAAUCAUUUGCAAACUAUCUGAAACAUUUAGUCAGACCGAAUGAUGAGGAUAGGGAGAACCUAGCCCCGAUAACACCGAGGUGGUCCGAUGAUGAGCCGGUCAAAUCUCGAGCGUCGAUUCGGGCAACUUCGGUUGAUGAUCGGAUGGAACGGAUUUCUAGAGAACAAAGGUUUCAGUCUGAGGUUGAAAACUGGCAAACGGCCUGGAAAGACGAACGACGUCGGAACGACAAACUCAUCGCCGACUUCGCUGCAAGGGAAAGAGAGCUAUCAAGAAAAGAAGAAAAAACUCGGCUGAACUACGAGGAACAGAUACAUGAUCUCAAACAAGAGAUAUACAGUCUACAGGCACGACUACAGGAAGAACAAGAGAAUGCCGAUAAUAGGAGAAAGGUAGCAAGUGGCGGAGAUUUGAAGGGUAUCACCGAAGAAGAGAAGAAACGACUAGAAAAAGAGAUUCGAGAACAGGAGAAAUUAAUGAAGGGUUAUCAACAAGAGAACGAACGACUGUACAAAGAACUCAAGCAGAUCCAAGCCAAGGGGAAAACGACUGAAGCAAGAAUGUUUGCUGAAAACCAAAAACUCGCAACCGAAGUGGCCAACUUAAAAGAAAAACUUGACCAACACCCUGGCCAACCGCAUUACUCUACACCAGGAUCAGCUGUCCUUGGCGCAGACAGAAUAAAUUACCUCCAGGACCAACUCGGUUCCUAUAGGAGGAGAGAGACUAAGACAGAGAAAGAACUUGAUGAACUUAGACACGUGAAUAUGACUCUUGAACAACGCAUGCGCGCGGCGGAGAGAGAGCGAGACGACGCUGUGGAAAGAGCCAAUCAGGCGCUAGGAACCAGUACCCAAGAACAAAGUCAGAUGAAAAUUCGAUACGAAUCUGAAAUUGAAAGGCUAAAUCGUAAACUAAAAUGGUACGCCGAGAACCAGGAGAUCCUGGACAGAGACCUGGUCAAAAUCAAAGUGAAAGACCAGGAAAUCAAAAACUUGAAGGAAACAGUCGAAAGACUGAAGAGACAGCAAGGAAAAGAAAUGGUUGAACGAAAAGAAAGAACGAAUGAAAGGACUGCUGACGCCAAGAGAAUACGAGAUCUUAAAAGACAGGUACGUGAAAUGGAAGAGAUCAUCAAACGACGAUAUCCCAACUCGUUACCAGCCCUCAUCCUGGCUGCGUCCUCUGUACCAGGCGUCGCGCAGCAAACAACAGACGAGUCACCUAAAAAACAGCCCCCCUCCUACGUUUUCUUGGAAAAUCAAGUCAAAAAGCUCCAGUCACAACUGGAAGAAAAAGAUGAUGAAGCGAGUCGAAGAAUUCGAGCCAUAGAGCAAAAAUACAAUGCAAUGAAGUUUGAUUACGAGGAGAGGAUCAAGGAACUGGAGCAGAGUCUGAAACUAGCCAAUGAAAAACCACGUCCUUCAGCACAUCCUCAUACGCAUGCGCAAGCGCUUGAGAAAGAGCUAGCAGCUGUGCGUGAGGGUGAUCGCAGGCGCAUAGAGGAGCUGGAGAGUGAGAUAAGUGUUCUGCAGGAAGCCCUCGGCAGGAUGUCGUCUCUACAAGCUCAUGUAAAGAACAAAAAAAGAAAAUCCGACGAGAAGAAGUCCACUACUGAGGUGCCUGUUCAGCAAGAUACACCAGAAAGAAUACAAGCGUUAGAACGACAGAUAGAAGAAAAAGACAAAGAACUAUCAGAGCUAAGACAAACUUGUACCAGGCUACAACACGAACGCGAAACCAUGCUAGCAUCACCUCACCGAGACUCCCGAACCACACCCAAAACUCCUCCCCGUGUGGCGGAGCUUGAACGACAAAACAGCCAAUUAAAACAGCGCUUGGCUGAGAUCUCUUUAGACAUGGAUCAAGAUCGUGUUAGGUACCAGGGUUCUCUCGCUGAGGCCGAGCGCAAUGCACGACAAGCACGUGAUGAUGCCGCUGACCAAAUCGAAAAACUGCGGGCUCAGCAUCAAGGUGAGGUGAAUCAACUGAAGAACGACUUUGCUGUGCGGCAUUCAAGUUCGAUAGUAACGGAUCUCAAGAGUAAGUUGGCUAGUCAAGAGAUCGUCAUUCAAAAACUACGAGAAAAAUUAAUAUUGGAAGCAAGGAAUUCCGAAGAGUUAGUCGCUGUGAAGACUCGUGAAGGAAUACUCAAACAGCAAAUAGCAAACUUACAAAACGAGCUUCACCAGGCCAAAGAAAACUUCACACCAGAAAUGCGACACUUCGAUACCCUGCAAUCCAAAAUAGCAGCUAUGGAACAAAGAUUCAACCAGAGAGAAUCCGAUCUUGAACGGAUUAUAAACACUACACAUAUCAAAUCUAAAUUAGAAAAGGAAGAAUCCGACUCAAGGUGGAAGGCGAUUGUCAGAAAGAAAAAUCAAGAGAUCGAAAAGUUUCGUGAAGAACUUGAUGUUAUUUUAGAGGCAUUGAGAGAACUGAAGAGACAAGGGGUAGUUAUUCCAAUGGCGACUGCUUACCAGUAUUAAAUGGAUAUUAUUUAUUGUUUUUAUUAAAUUUAUUGUUAUCCUGUUUAAA